CGGCUCUGUCUCCCGCCUCACGCAGCUGUCUGGUCCAGUAAUGUCUCAUCAUGGCUCUUUUGAUUCCGCCUGUGGUCAAGUCCUUCCUCUGUUUGUCUUUUCGCGGCUCUUCUGCGCUUUUCCUCUUAGUUUUCUUGUAGUUCACAAGUCGUCGUUUCCAUUUGGAAACUUAUUUUUGCGUCGGGCAGUUUCCGUGCGUCCGAGCGUCGCGGUUUCAAAGCUCGUCUGCUGCUUCUCCACAUUCAAUUACACCUGCGGUCACUUGUGUUCGAGGCGCCUGAUUGUUCCUCUGCAGCGUCGGGAGCCGCCGGGACGAGGCUCACAUGAGUGUGCCUCCGCUGAUCCGAGCGCACAGCCCGCUCCCGUCCUCAGGGGGGGGGGCCAACACCGGCAGCGGCACCGGGGGAGGAAGAGGAGGAGGAGGAGAUGGAGAUGGAGGAGAUGGAGGAGGAGGAGGAGGAGAUGGAGGAGGAGGAGGAGGAGGAGUGAUCGCCUUCCACAUCCAGAUAGGUCUGAGCCGGGAGCCGGUGCUGCUGGACGCCGCCGAGCUGAGCCUGAGUCAGGUCCGGGAGGUGGCGUGUUCCAUCGUGGACCAGAAGCUGCCGGAGUGCGGGUUCUACGGGAUGUACGAGAAGAUCCUGCUGUUUCGCCACGACCAGACGUCGGACAACGUGCUGCAGCUGCUGCGCUCGGCCGCUCAGAUCCAGGACGGAGACCUGGUGGAGGCCGUGCUGUCAGCUUCAACCACAGUGGAGGAUUUCCAGAUCCGUCCACACUGUCUGUUUGUCCACUCGUACCGAGCGCCGGCCUUCUGCGACCACUGUGGAGAGAUGCUGUGGGGACUCGUACGACAGGGACUCAAGUGUGAAGGCUGCGGUCUGAACUAUCACAAGCGCUGUGCCUUUAAGAUCCCAAAUAACUGCAGCGGCGUGAGGCGGCGUCGAGCGUCCAACGUCUCCCUGACGGGGGGGCUGGUCAACCUGUGCCGCCCCCUCUCUGCCGAGCCCUCGCCGCCGCACUACGCCGACGACGCUCUGCUGUCUCCAGUCAGUCCCAGCAUGGAGCAGAAGAACCAGCUGGAUUACUUCCCCAGCAGAGAGCGUCGCUCCAGCUCCCAGUCGUACAUCGGCCGCCCCAUCGAGCUCGACAAGAUCCUGCUGUCGAAGGUCAAAGUUCCCCACACCUUCCUCAUCCACUCGUACACUCGGCCCACCGUGUGCCAGCACUGCAAGAAGCUGCUGAAGGGCCUCUUCAGGCAGGGGCUGCAGUGUAAAGAUUGUAAAUUCAACUGUCACAAGCGAUGUGCUGCCAAAGUGCCGAACAACUGUCUGGGAGAAGUUUCCAGAAACGGAGAGCUGCUGAGCCCGGGGGCGGAGUCGGAUGUCGUCAUGGUGGAGGGUUGCCUGGACGACCAUGACGUCGACAGAGGCGGCGGCCUGUUGGACCACAUGGAUGAAGCUCUGACGUCGGAGGGCGGUCUGCUGCUGGAGGCGGGGCCCAGCGACCUCUGCGACCUGCAGGACCCCGACCUGGACGAGUCCAACCGGGCCAUCAGCCCGUCCACCAGUAACAACAUUCCUCUGAUGCGAGUUGUUCAGUCCGUCAAACACACGAAGAGGAAGAGUAGCAACGCGAUGAAGGAGGGAUGGAUGGUCCACUACACCAGCAAGGACACUCUGAGGAAGAGACAUUACUGGCGGUUGGACAGUAAAUGCAUCACGUUGUUCCAGAACGACACAGGAGGUAAAUACUACAAGGAGAUCCCUCUGUCAGAGAUCUUGUCUCUGGAACCGGUCCAGACCGCCGCUCCGCUUCCCGAUGGAGCGAAUCCUCACUGCUUCGAGAUCGCCACGGUGACGCUGGUUUACUACGUCGGGGAGAACCUGCUGAGGGCGGGGUCGUCGGCGAGCGGCAGCAGCGUUCUGGUCAGCGGCGUGGGGCCGGAUGUGGCCCGGAUGUGGGAGAUGGCCAUACAACACGCUCUGAUGCCGGCGGUGUCCACAGGAGUCUCCCACAGUUCUCACCACAGCGGACACAAGGAAGUUUCCAUCAGCAUCUCAGUCUCCAACUGCCAGAUCCAGGAGAACGUGGACAUCAACUCCGUGUAUCAGAUCUUCCCGGACGAGGUUCUCGGCUCGGGACAGUUUGGCAUCGUCUACGGAGGUAAACACAGGAAGUCCGGCCGAGACGUCGCCAUCAAGAUCAUCGACAAACUCCGCUUCCCCACCAAACAGGAGAGUCAGCUGCGCAACGAGGUGGCCAUCCUGCAGAGCCUGCACCACCCGGGCGUGGUCAACCUGGACUGUAUGUUCGAGACGCCGGAGCGAGUGUUCGUCGUCAUGGAGAAGCUUCACGGAGACAUGCUGGAGAUGAUCCUGUCCAGCGAGAAGGGGCGACUGCCCGAGAGGAUCACCAAGUUCCUCGUCACGCAGAUCCUCGUGGCUUUGCGUCACCUCCACUUCAAGAACAUCGUCCACUGUGACCUGAAACCUGAAAACGUCCUGCUGGCUUCUUCAGAGUCAUUUCCACAGGUGAAGCUCUGUGACUUCGGCUUCGCCCGGAUCAUCGGCGAGAAGUCGUUCAGGCGCUCGGUGGUCGGCACGCCGGCGUACCUGGCGCCUGAGGUGCUCCGGAACAAGGGCUACAACCGCUCGCUGGACAUGUGGUCGGUCGGCGUCAUCAUCUACGUCAGUCUCAGCGGGACGUUUCCCUUCAACGAGGACGAAGACAUCAACGAUCAGAUCCAGAACGCCGCCUUCAUGUACCCUCCUCACCCCUGGAAGAAGGUCUCUCAGGAAGCCAUUGACCUGAUGAACAACCUGCUGCAGGUGAAGAUGAGGAAGAGAUACAGCGUUGACAAGACCCUCAGUCACCCCUGGCUACAGGACUACCAGAUGUGGCUGGACCUGAGGAACCUGGAGUCCCGCAUGAACGAGCGCUACAUCACCCACGAGAGCGACGACCUGCGCUGGCAUCACCACGCGCAGCUCAGCGGCCUCGACUACCCGUCGCACCUCAACAGCGGUCCCCGCGGCGACGGCGGCGGACGAGGGAUGGAGCGUUACCACGAGCAGGAGGAGCUGGAGACGCUCAGCGAGAGGGUCAGUGAGCUCUGAGGCCGAACCCACGACACGAAGAGACGGAAACCGAACGGACGGAAGCAGGAGACGUCUGAGUGAGAAGAAGAAAAUAGUCAUUUUUGUAAUCAUGAGGUCAUUAUCAUCUGGCAGUUAUAAAAUAAUCAUAAUUAUAAGAUCUCUGUUUGACAAUGUAGUUUGAAUUGGCAAUGACGCUGUGAAGAUCUAAUAAGUAUUUAAUUCACAUGUGUUUAAAGACCAGGAUCUAAAAGCUACAGUUCGUCAAGACGCUUUAAUUAACAUCUGAAAACACAAAGUCGUGCCUCAGAUGUUCUCAUCACUUUUCCAUAAACAACUUUGCACUGACGAUGACGUCACGUGACGGAAACUAAGCCACGGCUCUUAUCAACAUUCAUCUGGAGCCAGAUCCUUAUCAGAACUUAGACGAGUCUAACGUUUAGUCCACGGACUCUAGAUUCUUCUGUAACUCGUUGAGGAGAUUGUUUGAACUGGUUAAAGAUUCAUCUGCGUUUCAACCGCGGCCCAAACAAAAAACAUUAUUUUGUGUAAUUUAUAAUCAUCAAAUCUGUAAAUGUCUUUUGUUUCUAAGGACAGUUGACAUUUACUCUACAAGUUAAGUUAUGUUUUCUUUCAAGUAGCGACGACGGGUCCUGAGUCAGGGUUUUGUUCCAAAAAGGAAAUAUCCAAAAACUGGAGCACUUCACAAAUAACCCGACUUGUGAAAAGUAAUUCUCCAUGAUGACGGACUCGUCUGUGAUCCAGAUCGUCCUGUGCUCUUUAUGGAUAUGCAGCUUUUUGGAAUGAGAAUCCUCAUUUACUCAAAAAUCUGUGCAAAUAAAAAACCAAAAACUACGAGAUAAAUAUUUUAGUUUGUCAGUAUUUUUUUUUCUAACGUUGUAGCUAGAGUUGUUUAAAAAAAUGCAAAUGUUGAAGUUUUUCUCAUUAACAAAGUUUCAUUAUUUUUAUUUAUCUAUUUAUUGAUUCAAAAAAUACCUUUAGAUCUUGAUUGGAAGGAUCAUUUAAGGUUCGAUUGUGUCUGGGAGGCAACGGUCGCAGAGCUCCGCCCCCUUUAGUGGGCGUUGCUAACUGUGCUUGAACAACAAAAAAGCCGAUUGCCCCUUUUUUUGUCUUUCUGCGAAAAAUAGUUAUGAAAAGAAAAAAAAAUGAAAAGAGGAAAACGUGUGUCAAAAAGAAAACAGAGCAUUGGUGUGUCACCUGAACGCUCCUCUGAUUGUUGUUAGUUUCUGCACAUCUACUGUAUGUUUUACCUAAAUACUGUUCUUACUAUGGGACCAAGCGGACGGAUACUGACCAGGUCGAGGGUCACAACCAGUCCAGGUCUGAGUUUUAAGCAGCGUGACUCAGUGACGGUUCUCACGCCGACACGAUGUCUGUUCACUGACUCACGAGGCCGAACUGGACGGACACACGGAGACGAGGAGACCAACGUGUGUCCGGUUCUUGUAUUAUUGUCAUAUACAUCUGAAAAUAAGGGCUGUUCCCUAAAGCCUUCAUGGCCUUCACGUGUUCUCUGUGCCUCGCUCGUCGACUCACGCUUCUGUCGUCUCUGGAACAGACAUUUCAGCUUCAACCGGAACUAAUGUCGACUUGUCUUGUGCGAUUUUCUUUGUCAAAACGUGACCGAUCAAACAUUUGUGGAGAUACCUGUUCGUACCUGUUACUGUCUUCUGCUGAGGAGGUUUACAGACAGUUAUGUCACAUCAGGAGUUUUACAUGUUGAGCUCAUGUUGUCGGAGUUUGAGCUUGAAUUGUGACCUGAAGUUCAUAAACAGGUGGAUGCAGGAGACUUACUGUCCUUCCUGCUUUCCUUAUCGUACGUCUAUUCAUAAUAUAAAAAAAUCUAGCAUACCUCAAGUUUCACCAAAAGAAAAGACACAAAGACAUUUGAUUCUGCACAGAAGCCAAAUCGCUACAUAAUCCCGAGGCCUUAUAAGAAUAUUAUUAUGUUCGACGUUUACGAAUCCUGUGACAUAAAAGUCACUCGUCAUUUUCAGUGAAGAGACGAAACCUCUGAAUGAGUGUGGAGGUUUGACGACAUUGACUCACGGAGCGAACCGUUGUCCGUCGUCUGAGCUUCGCCUCGUCCUCUGCUGCAGGAGUUACGUACAGGAAUUCGCAUUGACUUUUUCAGAUUUUCUGAUUAUUCAGUUACAAGUUGUUUGAAAUCUAGGCAAAUAUUUGAUUAGUGUUUCAUAUAUAUAUGUAUCUGAUAAUUGGUGAGUGUGUGGUGACACGAGGACAUAUCCGGAGUCAAACACACGCUAUCGUAUGAUUGUCCAAUAGAAAAAUAACAACCUUUAUGUGGAACUUUGGUUCUUUUGCCUCACCUGGCGAGAAGCCGCGUCGACUCACGUCCUUUCAUCGACUUGUACUCCGUGUUUGGUGCGAACAGUCGCGUCACUCGCUUGGAGUUGAAUAUUUGAACUGCAGCUAAAUAUUUGUUUGCCGCGAUCUUGCGAAAGCCAAUGAGCGACGAGCUUCACUGAUGUCAGCGUCAGGAAGAGUCCCAACAGUCGGGGGUUGCGUUUCCUCGCGUUACUCGCACGAGUAAACACAAAUGACGGCCAAGAAAUAAUCACACACACAAAACCCCGAGAUCCUCACUGGACGAUUGAACGUGUCCGCUCUGUAUUGUGUAAAGCGUCGCUGACCGUCUCCCGCCUGCAGAUCACAUCUGACGGGACAGAUGUGAUCUGGUGUCCAUCCUUUCAUUCAAGUCUCGUCGAGAAAGGGCCAAUGUGUACUUCCCCAAUAGGCCAAACUAUUAUUUUAAAGAUGUUUUUGGCUCGAUCCACCUUUUUGGAAUAUUCAUUGGUUUUAGUUGUACAGAUAAUUCUGAGGACUUGGACAUGAGGCAGGACGAGACUGUGGCCUGUUGGUUAUAUGGAGCGUUGUGAACAUGAAAGUCCACAGUUUAUAACUGUCUAAUCUCUCCGGGUACGUCGGCUGGUAUAACUCUGGUUAUAUAUACAUAUACAUAUAUAUAUACAUAUGUAUAUGUAUAUAUAUAUAUGUAUA